AGGCGCAAGGAGGUCGACAGCGCACUUGAGGAGAUCAUUAAGCGGGAGUUCGGCGACCGGGUCGAGGACAUGUACGAGGUGCAGGGCCUCGCCGUCACCCUGGAGAAGCAGGGGCGCGGGUACGCCACCGCGCUCAUGCGCACGAUCCUUGACAAGAGCGACGCGGAUGGGAAGGACUCUUGGGUGAUCACUGGACGAUCGCACACGUUCUACGCGACGCUGGGCUACACGAUCGUCGGGAAGGGUCAGACAGGCGGCGAGAAUCUGACGUGGCCUCACGGGCCUGUCGAUUGGAUCGUAGUAUGUUUUGCUGCCCAUAUGUAUACGAAAGACGCGCUCAUACCGACUCUCCAGAUGCAUAGAUCCGCGGGUCGCGUGCCCUCUCCGUGA